AUGGAAGCUACAUACGCCAUGCAUCCCAUGCCGGGACAGUCAUUCUACUUCUACACACCCGAUGCCGAGUCGCAGCAGCAGCGACACCACUACACCUCUAACCCAGCCGAGAUGCAGUUCAGUGGACACAUGUCGGCUUUCCAGCCGCCUCACUGCAUGCCGGAACCACAGUCUAUCUACGCUGCACACGCUCUGAACAUGCAGCACCAGAUGGCAGCCAAGAGCCCUUUCCAGGGUGCGAUGAACAUGACCCCCAUUGCCUCGCCACAACCGUCGCACCUCAAGCCUACAAUCAUGAUCCAGCAGAGCUCUCCGGGCCUCAUGCCGUUGGACACCAGGUUUGUCAGUGCUGACUUCUACGGCUUCCCCUCGACCCCCCCACUGUCCACAACGGGAAGCACGAUCAGCAGCCCUCCAUCGAGCUGUGGAACGCUGCACACUCCCGUCAAUGGAUCCUUCUUCCCCCUGGAGAAGGUCGAGGGCGUGAAGGAAGGCUGCGAGGGGGACGUGCACACGGAGAGCCUGGCCAACCCGGACUGGUCGAGAGCCGCCUCUCCUCCCAUGACGCCUGUCUUCAUCCACCCCCCUUCGCUUACUGCGAGCCAAGCUUCCGAGCUCCUGUCCGUCAACGGAUCUUGCCCGUCCCUUUCACCAUCUCCUUCACCAGUUCCCACUGGAGUGAUCUCGUCUCAAUCUGGCCCAUCCGCAGAGCCAGCCACCUCUGACUUCUGCGACCCCCGACAGCUGACGGUGGGCGCUUCUUCUGUCACCUCUGCUGCGAGCGACUUCCCGCCCCUGCCGACCCUGUGCUCGGGUGAUGACGAGGAGCACAAGCUGAUCCUCGGAGGUCUUUCUGCUACGCUGCCCGCCAACGGCAGUGCAGAGUCUGCCUUCCCCAACCCUACUGAGCAGACCCUCACCAGUCUCCCUGCCUUCGAUAGCUUCUCUGACCUGGACUCGGACGACGAGUUCAACCGCCUCGUCGACUUUGGAAACGCCUACUACCUGGGCGGCAAGAGACAGCGCGUUGGAGCCUAUGCCUCCUUUGAGGAGGAAGAAUUCUUCAGCGAACAUACCUUCGAGGACGAGGACGAGUCCUUCAGCCAGUCGGGCCUGCCUUUCGCAUCCUCUGAUUUGCUGUUGGCCAACCCUGAAGACGCCGCUGGAGACAUGAGGGUCAAGAAGCGUGUGGCCUCUCGCAAGUCGAUCAAGAAGUCCUUCCCUGACAGCGACUCCGACAGCAUUGGAUCCGUUGUCCAGGGCCAGCCCAGCGUCACCAGCCGGGGCAACAGCACUGAAGCAUCUUCCAGCCAGCAGACGACCCAGAAGCAGGACAAGUCCCAGACUGAGGCUACGGCUUCCAGCUCUUCUGACGCCCCUGCUUCCCAUAUGCCUGUUGCACGUCGCGGUCGCAAGCAGUCCCUCACUGAGGAUCCCUCUAAGACCUUCGUCUGCACUCUCUGCUCUCGUCGCUUCCGUCGCCAGGAGCACCUCAAGCGUCACUAUCGUUCGCUGCACACGCAAGACAAGCCUUUCGAGUGCAACGAGUGCGGAAAGAAGUUCUCUCGCAGCGACAACCUGGCUCAGCACGCGAGAACUCACGGAGGUGGUGCCAUUGUCAUGGGUGUUCUUGACACCAGUGACACAACACCAGCUACGCCUUCUUUCGACGAGAGUGAUGCCGGUGCUCUGGGCGCUGUCCUCUACGAGGCUGCGCACGCUGCCGCCAACAAGUCCACAACCUCAGAUUCUUCUGACGGUAGUGCGUCCGAGUCAUCAUCGAACGACCGACGACCUCUGAAAAAGCGCAAGCGCGACGAGUCGGCCUAG